AUGGGGUCCAUACCAGAUGUCCAUCAUUAUGAGCGUUUAAUUGGUACCGUCAAUCGAUCCUCGUCCCCUUUCAAAGGUCCUCCAUCCCCAGCUGUUGAUGCCGCCUGGGCCGAAUUAACAGAUUAUGGCGCAAUCAGCAUUUCAGAGGCGACAUUUGAAAAGUUAAAUGCUUCCAAAAAUGCCGUGAGGGUUCCAGCAGAAUAUGGCGGUGGCAGAAUGGCUUUCGUAGAAGCAAUUCAUCAAUUGCAUUGUUUAGAAUCACUUUGGCAACAUACAUACCCAGAUUAUUACAUUGAAGCUGCAAGGAAAAUCAGAACCAAUAACCAAGAAUGGCAUGAACAUAUGGAUCAUUGCGUCGAUAUGCUCCGCCAUAAAUUGAUGUGCGAUGCCGAUGUACAUCUGAUCACUUACAACUGGCUGAAAGGGCACGACGCUCCGCAUCCUAACUUUAAUACAGCACGACAAUGUCGAGAUUUUGAAUCUGUCAAACGAUACGUCUCGAGGAAAGCCCUUGAUGGUUCCAAGCUGCCUAAAUUAUACUUUGAAAAACCUAAGGACGGUUCUGUAAUGGAGUAUGAGGAACCGCCAUUUGAUCCUCUUGCCGAUGGAUGGCCAUCACAGCCAUAA